AUGGCCAACAAUCCCACAUUCAAACCAUCGCCGUUAUCCUUUGGGUCGCCGAGGGCAUCCCCGUUCCGGCGCCCAUCCACUCCAAAUUCCCCGCCGUCGGCCAGUCGCACAGGAGGCACUCCGGGGAGCUCUCCCAGUCGGGCAUAUACACCUAUGGUAUCUCCUAGCAAGCUCAAUCAAUCAUAUACAGUGGAGGAUGGUGAAUCGCGUUCUCCGAAGAACGAGCGGCCCAUUCCCCAGCCGAAUUUUGUCAGAGAGUUCUCUCCUUCCCCAACGAAAGGAGGGAAGUCGCCAGGCAGCUUAUCCCCAAUCCAUGGAUCAAGGACGGGUGGAGUUGCAAGCCCAGCUGGCGACGCGGCUGGGAAGCUGCCAGCGCAACAAGUGAGGGAGAUCAGAGAAGCUUUCCAGGUUCUCGAUAGGGAUAACGACGGGCUUGUGGACAAAGAUGAUGUGAUUGAUGUGCUGACAACUUUGGGCCAAGACUCGUCAUCCUCUACGCUCUCGCGCUUCUUUCCACCAGGAGCAGGCAAUACUAUGAAUUUUCCAACCUUCUUGAAUACCCUUUCUGGGCUAAUGGCAUCGAUGUCAUCUUCACAAGAGCUUCUCAACGCUCUUGCUGCGUUUGAUGAUGAUGACAGCGGGCAAAUCGACGCCACGGAAUUACGUGAUGCUCUCCUACAUACCUCCCCAGAAGAUGGAGAGGAACGAUUGACUGAGAGACAGAUCGAUGAAGUCUUCAGUGGGUUUAUAGGGCGCCCAGCAUUUAUUGGUCGGGGAGCGAAAUCAGGCGGGAUGGGUAAGAGGGGUGAGGUUUUCCAGUAUCACGACUUCGUACGCAGCAUCAUGGGUGGUGAUAAUGGAAAUAGUGCCAAGCAUGAAGGAGAUGCACAUAAGCAGCAGUCAGACUAUACAAAGCUUGUCAAGAAUGAUCAUGUACCAUUACUUGUUCAAUUACCAAUAAUCAUUUUCGAUGAAAGCAGUAAAAGUGAAGUAUACGGAGCCAACGCCUUCCGCAUCGGCAGAAAAACAUCCAGCCACCGCGAUCUGAUACACUCCACCUCGUCAACUGCGCUCAUCUUACCCCGUUUCCUAGGAUGUCCGUUCGUGAACCUCAAAUGCAGACUUGAUUUCAGAAAAAUGGCCAAACCUCAACCCCCCUGGGCUCUUGGCAUCCCGGGCCCCGACGCACCCCCAUCGCCGCGAACCAUGCGAACCCUCCGAAAGAUCCAAUCUCACCAAGUGCUGUCAACAUCUAGCGCGCUCAUUGCCCAGACCCAGGCGUCUCAACAAGCUGGCUCCCAUGAAUCUCAACCUGGAUCAACAGCAACUCCUGGUGCUGCGACCCGAGCGCGCGCACAUCGCCGAGCUCGAUCAAAUAGCGACGCGGCUUCUCGUGAAGCUGCGGCAACACCACCUGCGACUCAGAGACGACCCCCGCGGAAAACAGGGUCGGGAAUUGGAAUAAAGCGAUCGCUUUUAGAGAGCUUUUUGCGCGAUGGACCGCAGAGUUCAAAUCCCAACGAGGGACUGAGAGAGCUCAAAUAUCUCGUCCUAUCCAGCAGAGUGGAUGCUGACGGAGAUGGCAUGUCGCCGUACCGGAUCUACCUCUGGUUGGUCCUCCUCGACAUUCCUCCUAUGCCCACCGAUGAAUACCUUGAUCUUAUCCACCGCGGCCGUUCUCCCGCUUAUGCCAAAAUUCGCAAUGAUACUUUCCGCACACUAGCCACAGACCCUCUCUUCAAACGCCGAGUGACGGAGGCAAGCUUGAUUCGACUCCUCAACGCCGUGGCAUGGAAACUCCACGAUUCCAGGCCGAAGCCUCGGUCUCGACCGACGUCAUCUCGGCGCCGUGAGAUGGAGCUUCUAGUGAAUGCACCCCCUAGUAUUGCAGAAGAGUCUCCCUUUGGGGGAGAGCUGGAGAAGAUCACUAAUAGUACUACAAGUGAUUCAGCCAUGUACGUCCAAGGCAUGAAUGUCUUGUGUGCGCCGUUCCUCUAUGCUGCCCGUAGCGAGGUGGAAGCAUUCGCUCUGUUCCAUUACUUUGUCACACGUGAGUGUCCAGGCUAUGUCCGUAGUGCUAUGGAUGGAGUCCACAAGGGCCUUCGUUUGGUCGACCGAUGUCUUGAGAUUGUGGAGCCGAAGCUUGCAGCAUAUCUGUUCUCCAAGGGGAUGCACGCCGAACUGUACGCAUUCCCAUCAGUAUUGACCCUCUGCGCUUGCACGCCUCCAUUGCCAGAGGUGUUACAUCUUUGGGAUUUCUUAUUCGCAUAUGGGGCACACCUGAACAUUCUGUGCAUUGUCGCCCAGCUAAUCCGUAUGCGAGACCUAAUUUUGGAGAGUCCGAGCCCAAACAAAAUUCUCCGCUCAUUCCCUCCCCUCAAUGCAAAGGAGAUCAUUGCGUUGACGGUUCUCCUUGUCCGUAAGAUCCCAGAAAACCUUUAUGCAGAGAUGAUUAGCCAUGCAAAAUAG